UGAGCAAAGGUAACGCAGACGCUCUCGAAACCGCGCAAUCGUGGUCGGCUCUUGCUAGUAUCCGAUCCGUGGCCUUGUUUUGUGGUAUUCGUUGACCGGGUUGUAUCGUUCCGAUCGUAUGUUUUCUACCGAAUAUUCGUACAAGCUGAAUCCCUGACCGAAUCGGAACGUGGAAAGGACGUUCAGGAAUCUUUAUUAAAUCUCUCGUUGUUCAUUUUCGAAUGCACGCGGGUUCGAGGAAACCGAGUGUACCCAGUGGCGGUAGAGGGGAGCAGACAGAGUUAUAUCGUCUGGUCGUAUAUGUAGUUCGCUCGGCAAAAUGAAAAUGGCGGUGUACCUGUGUGAACGGAGCAACGGCCACUGACGAUGCUCGUUACGGUAACGGACACGUGAGCCAAAUCGAGUGUGGAAUUUUUUUCCAUAUACCAGUGUUCGUUCUUCGGGAUAGUUAAGUGUUAGAUCGUGGAGGGUUCCGCCAGGUCGAUGGUCAGGAAAUAAAGAAAGAGCCAGCGCGAAAUUUUUCUUCUCGAUCAGGGACAAACAAACACGAUGGAGUGACACCGCCAAGUGUUGACUCCGUGGACAAGUGGGAAAGUGUCGGCUAAUAGAUUCGCGUAGUUGGAGGACGAGAAGCCUUCAUGCCGAUGCCGGCCGAAUACCACGAAAACCACGGUAACCACGAGAACGCAAAUUUCGCUCUCGGGGCCACACAGGACGCCAGCAACAUGACGGCCAACAUGUACCGGGUGGGAGAUUAUGUAUAUUUUGAAACAUCUUCCACAUCUCCCUACCAGAUACGAAGGAUAGAGGAGUUAAAUAAGACGGCAAGCGGAAAUGUUGAGGCAAAAGUCAUGUGCUUCUUUAGGCGGAGGGAUUUACCUUCGACGUUAAUUAUGCUCGCUGAUAAACAUCAAUUGGCAAGUGCGGAGCAGCAGAGGUCAGAAUCCCCUGCAAACACACAGACUCAGAAACUCGAGAAUCCAGAUACUGCUAAGGAAAUGACUAAUAAAGAUGGGAUCGGGCCCAAAGUGAUGAACAAAGGGGGCGGGAAGGGGGGCUGGCUGAAGGCCCCGCUUUCAGAGGCCCAAGAGCCUCACGGGAUGGAAGAGAACGUGGUCGGUGCUGGAGGUGUUACAGAGUUAAGUUCUAAGCAACGUCAUCAGAUGAAGCACAGAGAACUGUUUCUGUCUCGUCAAGUGGAAACGAUGCCCGCAACUCAUAUAAGAGGCAAAUGCUGUGUCACUUUAUUAAACGAAACAGAAUCUUUACUGAGCUAUCUAAACAAAGAGGACUCGUUCUUCUACUGUUUAGUAUUCGAUCCUACUCAACGCACGCUGCUCGCUGAUAAAGGUGAAAUUAGAGUAGGCAGUAGGUAUCAAGCUGAUGGAAUAGCACCAGCUCCACUGACACCUGCCGAGAGAGACUCAGAUCCUCGUAGGUUGCAAGACUUAGAAACGUUGGUUUGGACGCCUCGGCAUUCACUAACCGACCGUCAAAUUGAUCAAUUUCUUGUUGUCAGUAGAUCAGUAGGCACAUUUGCAAGAGCUUUAGACUGUUCAUCUUCAGUUAAACAACCAUCUUUGCAUAUGUCUGCAGCGGCUGCAUCUAGAGACAUUACUCUUUUCCACGCGAUGGAUACUUUACAUCGACAUAAUUACGAUGUCGCAAAAGCAAUGUCGUCCUUAGUACCGAGCACAGGCCCAGUAUUAUGCAGAGACGAAAUGGAAGAGUGGAGCGCGUCCGAAGCGAACCUUUUCGAGGAAGCUCUUGAUAAAUACGGGAAGGACUUUUCUGACAUACGUCAGGAUUUCUUGCCGUGGAAAACUCUUAAAAACGUGAUCGAAUACUAUUACAUGUGGAAGACGACCGACAGAUACGUACAACAAAAGAGGGUGAAGGCUGUAGAAGCCGAGAGCAAAUUAAAACAAGUUUAUAUACCAAAUUAUAACAAAACAUCUCCGCCUACAACCGCCCCUUCCGCAGCAACGAUCGUACCUAUUGGUAAUAGUAAUAACAACAGUAACGGAAAACCAACUAGUGUUCUGAACGGCAAUAGCAACGGUAAUAUGGCCACCGAUAAUAGCGGAAUAUUGAUGGUCGGUGUCAGUGGAAAACCGUGCGAGAGCUGUCAAGUAAUGCAAAGCCCGCAGUGGUAUGCUUGGGGACCAUCGCAUAUGCAAUGCCGUCUAUGCCAAUCUUGUUGGACGUACUGGAAGAAGUACGGCGGUCUCAAGGUUCCGUCUCGCAUGGACGACGUCGAUUUAGAAAGAAAACGGGGCGGCACCGGUUCGGACGAGGAGAGCAAAGGAAUGGGCGGUGCGCACAGACCUCAUCGAUGUAGCAUUCCUUCUUGUGGUAAGGAAUUUAAACUCAAAGCGCACUUAAGUCGCCAUUACGCCAGUGCCCAUGGCGUUGAUCUACGCGGAAGCGGUGCGAGCGGAGGCGGCGGUGGCGGAUCGCCCAGACCUGUCAUGAAGACACGGUCUGCGUUUUACUUGCGCACUUCGGCGUUGGCGCGAGCUGCACGACGUUUGUGUGCCGCACAAUUACGAACACGUCACGCGGCUCGGGCGCCUCACCAACCCGUGAACGCGGCGCCGUUGCGACACCUGUGUGCUUCGCCUCAAUUGACAUCGAAAACCCCGGCGGAGUUACGCAUCUUGGCACGCGCCGUGCGACCUCGACCUCGUCCUCGCGUGACCGACAUAGCUACGCGUUUGGGCGAUCACCCUUCCCCACGGCAACCAGGAGAUUGGGACUGGUUGGCUCUGACGGCACCGGCACAACGGAAACAGCCAGACCGCGUUUCAUUUCCCAGACCUCCGAAAGCGCCAGACGGUAGCCUUUUAUACGAGAGAGUACCGAACAAGCCCGAGGUAGACAGGCUGACGGUAACACCACCGCAACCGCAACCUGCUAUGCAAGCCCAGCAAACGAUACUGAAGCGCGCAAGACCUCCAUUCGACGAGAUCAAUGGAUCAGAUGGCUUCUACUCGGACGCGGAUUGGGAUGAAGGUAUCGCCCUAAGUGCAGGGCUCCCUGGCGGACCACCUGCAAAAAGGGCUCACCAUUCUCAGCAGUUGCAUCCCAAGCACACAUUGGAGCAUGCAGCGGCGCCCGCUGUUCUUCCUCUGGCACCGCCUCUCAACGGAAGAGCUGCACACCCUCACUCUCUGCCACACGGUGCACCGCUGUCCAGAAGUAACGCUCGCAAACAAGUGAUUUCAUGGAUGGACGCACCUGAUGACGUUUACUUCCGCGCUUCGGAUCAAACUAAAAGACUUAGAAGAACCCUCUCGUCCGUGGAACUUCGUAGAGCGGCGCGUAAGCCGUGGCGCAGAUUGCCAGCUCCUCUGCAUCCUCCUCAUCCGCAGAGAGCAACCCGCGGCGACGAUAUGGUCGUUAUUCUGGAUUGAAUCAAUCUGCAGCGGAUACAAUCAGUCGGAUCGUCCAGUGUACGUUCGGUCGACCACAAAGUCACGCCGUUAUCGCAAUUUUAACGCCAGAGUCAGCACAAUGAAGAAUAUCCCAGCUUUAUGUAUCGUCAUUGGCAGCUCUGAAAGUUGUUGAGCCAGGAGCAAUCGCUGUUUUGGAACCAGUUUCCCCGAUAAUCUCCGGAGACAGGAAAAUUUCGCCGAAAAGUGAAACGAAGGCCUCGCUUAACUGAAUUUGCAAUGUUGCGCUGACGUCGUUGGUCGUGUGCACUUGAUAGGAGAUACGGACGAGACGAACUCUGGAACGAAAAUUCAUCGAAUCUUAAUAAGGGGGGUAAAAAAAGAAAACGGAAAUCAAGUCAUUCACCGUGAAUCAUGAUUUUCUAUUCGUAUUAAUUAGUUAUUGUUGUUAUUAAUAAUAAUUAUUAAUAAUUGAAUGUACAUAUACAUCAUACCACACAUUCAUACAUGCAUAACCAAGCAAAACGCAAGUGUCCAUCGAGUGCUGGACACAUGUUUUACAUUGGUUAAAUUGGCCCAUACCAAUACGCAUUAGCUCAUGAAGAAUGUGUUACGGUCGUAAUGUUUAGCGCGUAACAGAGAGACAACGUAUGAGAGUAAUGGAGAGAUAGUGAGCGAGAGUGGGAGAGAAAGGGCAAGAACGUAAGUGAGAAAGAAAGAAAGGAUGCUCAUUGUGAAUAUUUUUAUUAAAUUUUCAAGUUUGAUGA